UAGGAUCUGAAAGCAAGCAAGCAAGAGAGUGGGAUGACAAAAUAUAGUGAGUAUGGAGCAGAAUCUCAAACAUCCCACGCCCUCUUUCAAUGCCAUUCCUGAUGAUGCUGCACAAAAUCAAGAAAUUAGAAUUGUGAUGCAGUCUGAGGUUGACGCCUUUCAACCAACGCCCCUCCACCUUGCUUCAAAAAAUGGAGACAUCGACACCGUUCGAGCUUUGUUGGAGAAUAACACGAGUGCUUGCUUGGUUUACGAUAACAACGGGUUCAUUCCUCUCCAUUAUGCAGUAAUUAAUGGACAAGUCGAAAUCAUGAAAGAGCUUAUCAAUGCAAGGCCACAAUCUAUUUGGAUGAAGCUCAACGAUGGUCGUACUGUUUUACACUUAUGUGUAGAAGGUGACCAUUUAGAGAGUAUAAAGCUGCUUAUUGAAACAUUUAUGAAUCGGCAUGAAGGCUUCUUAAACACAACUGAUGACAAAGGAAAUACUAUUUUGGAUCUAUCAACGACACUCCGAAAAAGUGAGAUGGUAGGAUAUUUACUCUCGCUUUCGGAAGUAAAAACUAGAAUAAACACUCCAAAUGUUAGAAAAAGAAGUCUAGCAUCUCAAAAUUCCACAAAACAGAGACGAGAAUCUGCAUCAUUUAGAGUAGGGCGGUGGAAGACAUGGAGGAAGAAAUUGAAAUACAAAGGAGAUUGGGUUCAAGAAGUGCAAGGGAUAAUGAUGUUGGUGGCUACAGUGAUCGCAACCGUGACUUUUCAAGCCGGGGUGAACCCUGCAGGCGGUGUUUGGCAACAAGACACUCCAUACAAUUCCAACAACUACAUACAUGAAUAUUAUUAUAUGAGUGCUACGGUGAAAAAUGGGACAAUUCUCCCAGCUGGAAGUGCAAUUAUGGCAUACAGACGACCAUUAGAUUACUUGAUUUACUCAAUAGCAAACGUGGUCUCGUUCAUGGCCUCUGUGAGCGUGAUUCUGCUAAUCAUCAGUCGAGUUCCACUAAAAAAUAGGGUUUGUAGUUGGGUGUUAGUGUUGGCCAUGUGUGCGGCAGUAGUGUUCUUAGCCUUGGCAUUUCUACAAGGAUUUAUAAUGGUUAACCUCGAGCCUCUCGACCAACUUCCUGCAGUCAUGGGAUAUUAUUUAGCGUUCGGGUUGGUCGGGUUGGUUGGUCUAAUCCAUUUAAUUCGUUUUCUUGUUUGGGCGGUCAAGAGCUUAUUAUGUUGUUUCACCUCUAAGUUUAAAGCCCACAGCUUUAAAUGUAUCUUAACUUAAAUAUUAUAUAAAUUCAAUCAAACUAUGAUUC